UCGAGCCGAGCGGCAGUGGGCGCGGGCAGGGCCGCGGGUGCCGGGAGUCGCGCCUCGCGGCCGGGGGCCUCCUCCGAGCUCCGGGCCCGCGCUCGCUCGCCAUGUCCUCGGUGUUCGGGAAGCCCCGUGCGGGCGGCGGGCCGCAUGGUGCUCCCCUUGACAUCAACCUGGCCGUCCUGGGGCGCCGCGGGGCGGGCAAGUCCGCACUGACUGUGAAGUUUCUGACCAGGAGGUUUAUCAGUGAAUACGACCCCAACUUGGAGGACACCUACAGCUUGGAGGAGACUGUGGACCACCAGCCUGUCCACCUGAGAGUCAUGGACACCGCAGACCCGGACAUCCCCCGGAACUGUGAGCGCUAUCUGAACUGGGCACAUGCCUUCCUGGUGGUGUACAGCGUGGACAACCGCCAGAGCUUCGAGAGCAGCAGCAACUACCUGGAGCUCCUGGCUCUGCACGCCAGAGAGACGCAGCGUGGCUGCCCGGCCCUGCUCCUGGGCAACAAGUUGGACAUGGCGCAGUACAGGCAGGUAACAGAGGCAGAGGGCGCGGCGCUGGCAGCCAGAUUCGGCUGCCUGUUCUUCGAGGUGUCCGCCUGCCUGGACCACGAGCAUGUGCAGCACGUCUUCCACGAGGCGGUGCGGGAGGCCAGGCGGGAGCUGGAGAAGAGGCCCCCUACCCGGCCCCUCUUCUCCCUGGAGGAGCGGUUCCCGACCCAUCAGGCCCCACUGGCUGCCGGCCACAGCCUGGCCAGCUGCACCUUCAACACACUUUCUACCGUCAGCCUGAAGGAGAUGCCGGCUGUGGCCCAGGCCAAGCUGGUCACCGUGAAGUCUUCUCGGGCCCAGAGCAAGCGCAAGGCACCCACACUGACUCUGCUGAAGGGCUUCAAGAUCUUUUGAGG